UGUUCAUCUUUAAGGAAGUUAACAGGAAAAUUCAAGUAGAUUAAUGUACUCGACCGGCUGGCCUGGAUGGAUAUUUAUGGAAAAUCUGGGGUAAAGAACAAACGUCUUGAAUCGUCACCACAUGGCGACUCGCUUGAGUCCACGAAAUUCUGAAGUAAAUGCAUUAGAACAGAGGGGGUACCUUAUCGGUAAGAAAAUCGGCCAGGGCUCUUAUGCAACUGUACAUCUGGCCGACUAUGUGGACAGCACGGGUCCCAAGAAGAUGCGUCUCGCAUGCAAAAUCUUUGAUAAGGAAAAGGCUCCAAAGGAUUUUUUAGAAAAGUUCUUCCCUAGGGAACUGGAAAUUCUGACCAAAAUUGAAAACCCGCACAUCAUCCAAGUCCAUAGCAUCUUGCAAAGAGGACCUAGGGUGUUUAUUUUUAUGAGAUACGCCGACAAUGGCGAUUUAUUGGACUUUAUCAAGAAGAACGGGGUGGUACCAGAACAACAAGCCAAGGUAUGGUUCCGGCAGAUGGCAAGCGGUCUCCACUACCUCCACGGCAAAAACAUCGCUCACAGAGACCUAAAGUGCGAGAACAUCCUUCUCUCCAGACGAUUCAACGUGAAACUCGCUGAUUUCGGCUUCGCCAGGUUCUGCGUCGAUUCCGAUAACCGCAGAAUCCUCAGCCAGACCUACUGCGGUUCUGCCGCUUACGCAGCCCCAGAGGUUGUCAAUGGUACGCCCUACAACCCCAAGCUUUCCGACGUGUGGUCGCUGGGAAUCAUCCUCUUCAUCAUGCUGAACGCGUCCAUGCCGUUCGACGACUCCAACUUGAGGAAGCUCUUGAAGGAUCAAAUGACCAAGAACUGGGUGUUUAGGUCGAGAGUGAGAGACACUCUUUCUUCUAGUGCCAAAUCUCUCGUGCGGCAUUUGUUAGAGCCGGAUCUAACUCAGAGGCUGACUUUAGACAGGGUGAUUCAGCACGAGUGGUUGCGGCUGAGAAAGGACAGACCGUCGUCUCUCAUUGGUCGGUUGGUGCACUCUGCGCCGCACGGGCAAACCUCCGGUCAGUCGGCUCUAGUUAAUGGGGAAUACGAGAACGAACCGGUCCCUGGAGACUUUCAGAACCCAGAGAACAAGAAAAGUGAAAUGAUGAUUUCGGUCACGGACAAUUGA